AUGGCACUGACAUCAUGGAAAGCGUUCAACUUCAUCGACGUCUCCCCGGUGAGACUACCAGAGGAGAGCUCCGCGCUCUUCGGUAGUGACCUAUCAAGCCUCUGCACUGGCUCCGCGAACCUAUUUCUCGGUACAGCCGAUGGAUUCGUCCACAUCCUCUCCUCAUCCUUCCGCAUUGUGCGCUCGUUCAAGGCGCACGAUGCGGGCUCGAUCAACCAUAUGAAGCAGAUCAAUGGAACCUCGCUUCUCGUGACUGUGGCAGAGGACUUGUCAAAUGAGCCCGUUCUCAAGGUCUGGGCGCUGGAUACCGAGAAGAAGGAUGGUGGACCACGGUGUUUAUCGACAGUCUCCGUGCAAAACGCUAGACGACAGUUUCCGAUAUCCGCAUUCGCAGCUGUAGAUGAUCUGUCACAGGUAGCUGUCGGCUUCGCGAACGGUUCAGUUACCAUUAUCCGUGGCGAUCUGAUCCACGAUCGAGGUGCGCGCCAACGUAUUGUCUUCGAGUCGGAAGAGCCGAUCACAGGGCUGGAAAUGCAAGAUAAUCAGGUGACUGCGCUGUACAUCUCCACUACAAGCCGUAUCUUGACAUUGGUUAUCGCGGGCCGAGGACAAGGCCAGCCAGCUCGUGUUUUAGAGGAUACAGGAUGUGGGCUGGGGUGCAUGACUCUGAAUCGGGAGACUGGAGAUAUCCUGAUUGCCCGGGACGAUGCCGUUUACACUUAUGGGCCCCGUGGUCGUGGGCCUAGCUAUGCGUUUGAGGGCCAGAAGACGUCCAUUCGUUCGUUCCACGAUUAUGUGGCGCUGGUUUGCCCGCCUAAAGCUGGGUCUAACAAACCAGGCAAAUAUAGCGUUAAUCCAGCUGAUGAGAUCUUUGGAACGACGACGUUCACGUUACUGGACACGGAUCUGAAGUUCAUUGCGCACAAUGAGACACUUGUGUCGCCAAUGAAGCAAAUCUUCAUGGAAUGGGGUGACUUGUAUCUUCUGACUACUGACGGCAAGUUGUUUCGAUAUCGCGAGAAGAGCCUCCAGCAGAGACUGGAGAUUCUCUACGAGCGCAAUCUCUACAUUCUGGCCAUCAAUCUUGCACAAAAAAUCGGCAUCGAUACAUUACAGCAGAACGCCAUUUAUCGCAAGUACGGCGAUUUCUUGUAUCAGCGCGGGGAUUAUGAUACUGCCAUGCAACAAUAUCUUCGGGCCAUUGACAACACCGAACCGUCUCAGGUUAUUCGCAAGUACUUGGACACUCAGCGGAUUCACAAUUUGAUCGAGUAUCUUGAAGAGUUACACGACCAUGGCCGGGCCACUGUAGACCACACAACGCUUCUUUUGAACUGCUAUGCCAAGUUAAAGGACACAAGCAAACUAGACUCUUUCAUCAAGGCUCCUGGCGAGCUGAAGUUUGAUCUGGAGACUGCUAUUGCCAUGUGUCGUCAAGGAGGAUAUUACGAGCAGGCAGCGUACCUUGCGACAAAACAUGGCGAGAAUGAUAUGGUAGUCGAUAUUCUAAUUGAGGACUCCAAGAAGUACGCCGAGGCGGUCGAGUAUAUAUGGCGGUUAGAGCCUGAAGUGGCAUAUGAUAAUCUCAUGAAAUACGCCCGUGUCUUAUUGACCCAUUGUCCCGAGCAAACAACAGAGUUCUUCAAGACUUACUACGCCGGUCAAUACCGGCCUCGAACACAAGUGGAAAUGCCCGCAGAGCCCCAAGCUCAGCCAUCAAGCACUCUUCAAAGUCUAGCUGGCAUCUUGCCACUGCGCUACAUGACUGGUGGAUCUGGAGUGCAAGCUUCAGCUACUGUGUCGGAGACUGUCACCAAAGAAGAACCAAUCAAGGAACCCGUGCCUGAAUACGAAAUCCCGAAGCCACGAACUGCUUUUUCUGCUUUCGUUGAUCAUCCUAAAGAAUUCAUUGAUUUCCUGGAAACACUCGGACAGCAGUCCGGACUGACCAAAGAGGCCAAAAUUGAUCUUUUCACAACUUUGUUCGAGAUGUAUCUGGAUACUGCCAAGAGGGUGAAAGACACAACCACGAAGCAAGAAUGGGAGACCAAGGCCAAAAAGUUGAUUGAAGGCAAAGAUAUUCCAAUCUCAACAUCCAACGUUUUACUUCUGUCUGAUCUAUCUAACUUCCGCGAGGGGUCUACGCUCGUGCGUGAGCAAGAAGGGUUGCGUCUAGACAUUUUCCGGUCGUUUACUUCGGCCAAGGACACCCAGGGUGCCAUUCAAGCCUUGCGGCGAUAUGGCCCCGACGAGCCUCAGCUCUACGUCGAUGCCUUGACAUAUUUCGCUUCAAGUCCCCAGACCCUCGAUGAGGCGGGCGACGAGCUAGAUGUUGUUCUCCGCCGCAUUGAUGAAGAUGGCCUGUUGUCUCCAUUACAGGUGAUCCAAGCACUCAGCAAUAACGCUGUUGUUACCAUGGGCCGAGUAAAGAAGUAUCUGAGUGACAAUAUUGAACGAGAACGCAAGGACAUCUCUACGAAUCGCCGCCUCAUCUCAAGCUACAAAUCUGAAACAGCUGCCAAACAACAAGAACUCGAAUCACUCUCAACACAACCAGUCGUCUUCCAAUCUCGUCGCUGCCAAUCCUGUGGCGGUACCCUCGAUCUUCCCACAGUGCAUUUCCUCUGUAAGCACUCUUUCCACGAACGCUGUCUUAACCGCGUCGAGGAUGACGUGCAGUGUCCUGUCUGUGCACCAGGCAACGCUACGCUGCGAGCCAUUCGUCAGCGACAGGUUGACACUGCCGAUCAGCAUGACCUGUUUAAGGCGGAGUUACAGCGCUCGAAGGACGGGUUCGGGGUUGUCAGUGAGUUUUUUGGGAGAGGUGUGAUGAGAUCGCAGAGUACGAUGGAUGCAUGA